AUGAAUGAUCGCCGGUAACUAUUUGCUUCCCGUCAUAGAAUUUGUGUGCUUGUUGAACUACAGCAAGCAAUAAUACUAUAAUGACAUUUCUGCUUUGCGAAAUAAACGCUGCAGUAUUUUACGCCACUAUUAACCAGCGAUUGUCUUAUGUUCGAUAGCGCAUCAACCCAAUUGGUUUAUGCUCAAUGCAGUGCACGUCUGCGUAGUUUUCGGAAGCUGUGAAAAAAAUGGCUUUUGGGGAGUAGUGUUGUUUGAGUGUUGUGGUAGAUUUUUAAAAUUAUCGAAAUAACACGUUCCAAAAAAAAAAGAAAAAAUUGUGGAGACAUUUUAGGAUAAAAUGAGUAAAUAUAUGUACUCCACUGCGAACUUAACAGACAAGGAGUUAAAGGACCAGGGAAACAGACUUUUCACGUUAAGGAAAUACGAGGAUGCAGUAAAUUGUUACACUAAAGCCAUCAUAAAAAAUCCAAAUGUGCCGACUUACUUCACAAACAGAGCUCUUUGCCACCUCAAGACAAAAAGGUGGGAGGAAGCGUGCCAGGACUGCCGAAGAGCGCUUGACAUGGAUCCAAAUUUAGUCAAAGGACAUUUUUUUCUGGGGCAAGCUUUAUUAGAAAUGGAUAAUUAUGAUGAAGCAAUAAAACAUUUACAGAGAGCAAAUGAUCUAGCUAAGGAACAGAAAUUAAAUUUUGGUGAUGACAUUGCAAGUCAGCUAAGGGCAGCCCGGAAAAAAAGGUGGAAUGUACAAGAAGAAAAACGAAUUGCACAAGAGAUAGAACUACAGUCUUACUUGAACAGAUUGAUAAGGGAGGACACCGAGCGGCAGAUAGAAAAACUGCGUGAAGAAAGUGGUGGAAAUGAAGAACUUGUCCAGGACAAAGUGAUGGAGCUGGAGCAACAGUGUGACAACAAUACAAGUGAACUAAAUGCUAUAUUUGCCAAAGUAGAUGAAAGGAGAAGAAAGCGGGAUGUUCCUGAUUAUCUGUGUGGAAAAAUAAGCUUUGAGAUCCUUCGUGAACCAGUAAUCACUCCUAGUGGUAUAACUUAUGAGAGGAAAGAUAUAGAAGAACAUUUGCAGAGAGUUGGCCAUUUUGACCCAGUUACGAGGGUAAAAUUGACCCAAGACCAGCUGAUCCCAAAUUUUGCCAUGAAAGAAGUUGUUGAUGGAUUUUUGCAAGAAAAUGAAUGGGCUCUGGACUACUGAAGAUUCAACAGAGUAUUGAGAAGACUGUUCGUCACACACAGAUGUAUAAGCAUGUGGACAUUGUCCACUAAUUUGAGCCUGGUAAGGACCUGUAAAUAGGGGGGUUUGACAGAUAGGUAACACAUUUUGUAUUUACUUUUAAAAAUUGCCCUGUAUACUUGAGAAUUGUUCCUUGUUUUAUUCAGAAUCUGGCCUUACAUUUAGCAAAGGUGUAAGCAGAAGGUAUGAUGCGUAUCCCAACAGUGACCUGUCUUUGUGAUUUUUCGUGUGUCUGUGUGCAAAGCUGAUGAGCACUCAUAUGAAACCAUCAUUUUCACAUGAAAAUUUUUAUAUAAAUAGACCAAUUUUAUAGCCGUGUAAUUGAAUCUACAGUGACAGUGAAAACCCAAGAUAUGCUAUUCCACUUCAGGAGAGGCUUGUUAAUGUUGUAAAUUAGAUUCGUUCUGAGCUUUUGGCAUCAAAGAGCAUUAUGUAGUGUUCUUUUGGAGGAACUGUGUAAGAACAGUUUGCUGUUUCUUCCCAAAAGAUGACAUUUUAUGAAUAUAUGUAAAAUUCGUAGCAGGUUCCUUCUUUGUGCAUAUUGACGAUCACAAGAAACAAUUAAGAAUAAAAAUAUACAGUUUAGUAACUUGAAUGCUAUCAUUAUCAAGCUGUACUUGUUAUGACUUCUUAUGAGAAACUGUGUUGUAUGCCUUAUUCUCAAGCUCAAUUGUCAGGUUAUUGCUACUGUUGCUGUUGAUGUGCUAAGAUGAUAAGUGUAUUGACAAUCCAAGAUCAGUAAAGUUAUUUGUGUUGCAUACUGAAAUAAUAAUGUUGUGAAAGAAUGGAAAGCCCAAAAUGAGAUAACAAUAUGGAUAGGAUAUACUCACCACACAGGGGAGGCAUUGAGUAGUUUAUGGGCACAUUUAAAAGUAAUCUUUUGGAAAAUGCUAGCUUCCAGACGAAGUCAUCAGAUGGGACUUGGGACUCAUGUGCGCGCGCGCACACACACACACACACACACACACACACACACACACACACACACACACACACACACACAGUAGUGUCUGGAGAUGACAGUGCGCGGUGUCAUGUGUAUGUCUGAUGCUUAAUGCAUUCUUGUGGUGAAUGGCAUUCUAUCCAGUUUGUAUAAUUAACGAGUUUUCUUUAGGUUACUGCUCUAGUAAGCACAAUGUUUUCUCUCAUUGGAGAAAGUUACCAUGUUUUUAAACUGGCCGCAUGAACUUGUUUAAUUUGAUCAAUCUUUAUCCUUCGGCGUGCUCCAGCUUACAGCUGUAUUUGCACUAUUUAUUUUGUAUUAUUGUAAGAUCCUGUCCAUCUCCAUAUGACCUUCUGACAGCAUCAGAUAUGUAGGAUUGUACUGCAAAUAGAUACUGUGACUCUCUGUCAGUGUGAGUGGCUACUUUACUCAUCUUGUAAGUGUUCUUGAAAUUUCCAAAAUAAAAAAUUACUGUCAUUACUCUUAGACAAUAUGAAAAUAGAGCCAGUCUGAUUUCUAUUUCUUUGUGUUAUAAAUCUUCCAUAUUCAAAUAGAAAGAUGUUUUCUUUAAAAAUAUGCAAAUGUCUUUUUUUUUAAUUAAAAAAAAAUUGUUUCGGCACCUGUCUUGUUUGUGAGAACAUUUUUAUUGAUUUACUCAUGGAAGAAUUUUGAGUGUUCAUUAAAUUUUAUUUACUGUGUAGUGUAAAUGUUUGCCGCUUUAAAAUGGUCUGUUGAAAAAUUUCUUGGCCUUUUAUCUCUGUAUCUACGAAUUGUAUGGGUGUCACUGACACAGAUGAAGCAGACCAUUCUGCACUUAGUGAACCAGAUUCUCCUGCGUAAUAAAUUCCUUUCCCAGGCCAUAAGCUUCUCAUAAAAUUAUUAAUUCUAUAAACAAUAUUGCUUCACAGUUUGUGAUGUUCCCCAAAAUUAGUAUCAGUGGUAUUGAUUAUUAACAGCGCCAAUGUUUUUCUGCAGGAAUCAUUCAGAGCCUGCUCAAUCUUUUAUAAAAUAUUGGAAAGAAAAAAUACUUUCAGAACACAAACUAAAUAAACAUUAUUACUUACGCCUAUCAUCGAGUGUGUAGUAAACAGUAUGACAGAAUGUUUUUGCUAUAAAUAAUGAGAAAUGCUUAAUGUCUAGAUUGUGCAACAGCUUAAAAAUUUAUUCUUUCAGUGAUUUGUACACUUAACAUGCUAUUGGUAAAUAAGACACAUACAUUCUAGUUACAUAAAUAAUAUUUUUACAUGUUCUCAACAACUGUCACAUGCACCACAGCUACCAUCAUACCUAUUUUAUAGCAUACACUUCUGUUGGCUGAUAAUGGCAAGUAUACUUAGUGUCAUUGCCAUAUAAUUUGAUUUAUGUGGUGCUGGCCUUGCAACAAUGGCAAUACUGGUUUCUGUCAGAUUACCAAAGUUAAGCAAUGUCGGACUGGACUAGUUCUUGGAUGGGUCCCCAGCUGAAUAUGACAUGGCGGACGGUCAGUACCGCAGGACCUUCGAUGCCUGUUCAGAUUUUGUUUUUGUUCAUUGCCGACAUUAACAGGCUUCCAAGAUGUGAAUAACUACCAGAGAGCACCACAGCCAUUCGGAAGUUUUGUCUUUGUCAUUUACCUUAUGAUAAAUCUCCUUGAAAAGAGAAAAACUUCCCUAAUCUGUCCUAACAUGAAGAAACCUCAAAGCAGCUGCUGCUCAGAGAAAGUGCAGUGUCUGAUGGAAACAUGGUUAGUUUCUACAUACAGCAUAUAACAUACUUACAAAUAUAAGGAAACAAAAAAUCAUGUGAAAGUAGAUGGUGGUGAUAAAGUGGGUUGUUAAAGUGGUUCACUCAUUGAUUUACACUGACAAAACUUUGAUCGGUGGUGGAAAAAUAUCCAAACUUUGUUGUACUUGCUUAGUGAAAACACCUGCGAUAAUGCCAACUUAUUGGUGCUGUGAAAUGUUAACAGUUAUAAAUAAGAGCUGAUUAACUCAAAAAGAGGCAUGUCUGAUGUUCAUUAGUAAUUGCUGCAUACCUGCAAGGAAAAUCAACAGGAAUUGAAUACAUUAAAAGACUUGUAUUUUUUUAUGUAUGUGGUUAGGAUGUAGGAAAUAGUGGCAGCUUUGUAAGGAAAAAUAUGUAUUAUUCUGUGUCAUUCAGUGGGUUGUAUAGUAUCUAGGUCUAUUUUCAGUGUACUGAACCAAGUUUUCUGUGAUUUAUUUUCGGAUAAAGGAAACUUAAAAUGGCAACCCAGCUGUAAAAUCUGUUGAAGGAGCAAAAAAGAUUGAAGAAGGUGAUGAUUUCUGAUAGCACAAUAUCUUGUGAUAUCAAACUUGUGUGAAUAUUUUUUCACAGAUAUCUAAAAAUUUCUCAAGGACGUAUUGAAAAACAUGUGGUGCUGCUGCUUUUGUAGUAAAUGUUUAAGAAUUGCUUUCUUCUUGUUGUAUUGUAAAAUUUCACUGUUUCCUUUGCUCAAGUAAUUUUUGUAGAUGUCUGUAUCAUUUUUUGCUGUGACUAAUAGUCUAGAUUUAUUUUCCACUCUUUGUAUCACUGUUGAUUUUUUUCUUACAGUAAUUGCAUUUACUUGCGUGAGUGAUUCCGCUGAAAAGUGCCAUGAAAACAUUAAUCUUCUUGUAUCAAUAUAACUUUCCUGGAUUGACAUUUUGACAGUUUGAGAUUGUGGUAAUUAGUAUUCUGUACUUAUUCCUUGCUUUCAAAAUGAAUGGUCCUCAUUUUAGACUUUCUGCUGUUCAUGAAAGAGUACGUGUGUGUUUAUAUGCUAGAUCAAUGCUCAUUCUGAAGUUGGAUGCCACGAAUAUUAUGUGAUGAACCUACGCAGGGAAUUUUAACAUACUGCAUUCAUAAAUUUGUACAAAAUUUGGUGGAUUGUUGAUUCGUCAGUGCACUACCUGUUACCAUUGUACAAUAAAAGUGUAUUUUUAUUUCAAAGCCAGCUGAAUGCAUGUAUUACCCAUUGUUGUAUCAUAAACAGCCAAUGUAUAUAUAAUUUCUAUUGUUAGCAAGAUGAGGGCACAUGUAAGACAUGUUAUUUCUUUGUUCAAGCAUUUGGCACUCCAAAUAUAUUUCAAGAAAAUGUUUUACAGGUAUGUCUACAAUUAGCAAUGAUAAUUACUAUUCUCAGAAAACCUAUAUAUUCUUAAACAUUCCUAGCCAAUUAAAUAUGCACUACUUGUAUUUUGAAGGUACCCUCAUCCAUAGUUGCAUUAUUUUAUUGACAUUGACAACCAGUCCUAUAAAGACACGGAUUAUUGUUUUUCUCACAAGUAUUUGGGUUUACUCAUGUUUAGUCCCCAGCAUGUGGAUUUGACCUCCAAUUCAGUUUUUACAAAAGUGCAGUUCGUGACAGGGAAGAUUGCUCAAUGCUCAACACAGUAGCCACUCCAUGCCAGUUCUUCAGGUACCUGUACAGUGGCAGUCCUGUGACUACAAGGUAACGAACCAUUAUUGACACUGGAGUUGUUACCUCCCUGCACAUGCUAGAGUUGGUGCUUGCCCAUUUGGGCGCAUGUGGACUCCGAGCAGUUGCCAUCGAGCCGUGUGGUCACUGCUCUGAUUGGACUGUGCCGAUGCGAUAAGCCCUGAUUCAGAGCAGGUCGCUCCAUAGCAGAUAUCUCGUGCAGUAAGAAGGCCAAAGUUAUCAUCGAGUGACUGUGAGCUUCUGACAGUCUCUACAGACAGACCUCGAUCAUUCAAUGCAGAUUGUUAUGACACUGAGAACAUUCGUGCUUUGGCCACACAGUGAGAGGAUAGUAAAAUCAAGUGAAGUGUAGAAACUUGGUCCCCUCACUUCCCGGUUUGCACCCUAACUGUUCGAGCGUCAUUUUUAUCUAUUAAGUCUGCAGUCUUUAUAGAGAAUAUUGAAAAUGUAUUUGGAAAAAUUUAUUCUGUCAGUAAACUACAAAGUGGUUCUAUCGUAAUUAAAACAGCAACUCCUACCCAGUCACAAAUGUUAUUUACAUAUGAGAAACUUGGUGACAUUCCUAUUACCAUAACACCUCUAAGAGCCUGAACAUGAUACAGGGUGUAAUUUUGUCACAAGGACUAAUGGCUGCAGGGGUGGAUGAGGAAUUACAAAAACCUGAAGAAGCGAGGGGCCACUCUGCAGUUUGUGUACAUAUUUGCUUGACUUACAACAAAGUUGGAGCCAGAAUAUUUGUCCUAUAUUCUGAGCGAGCUUCAUUUACUGAGAAAUAUGAAGUCAUCCACGACUAUACUUCGGGUACAUUUGUUCCAUGAAUUUGUAGGAACUGGUCAGCUGUUCGAAAACUCAACAUGUGACCAAUCACCAUUCUGUGUCAUUUGCAGACACAUCACCACACUCCUCCAAUCUCCAAAGUGUGCUACUUUAAUUGAAGAACGUAAAUCACAGUUUCUAAAGGCCUUCAAUUAUCUGUAAUAUUUGGAAACCAGAAAAUGUACCAUCACUUACAUCCUGUCCCAGUGGUAUCAAAUUGUGCCACUACUGAGACUAGAUCGUCAGUACCUCGGUUACUUACUCUGUCCAUUCCCUCAGUGUCUGACCUCUAGUACUCGUGCAAUAAAAUUAGCCCAUGAGGGAGGCAGGCCCUCCUACUUGUGGGUCUUGCAGCGCCACAUUUAAAUAUCUCAACUCCCUUCCACCCACCCCAUCCAUUUUCUCCUACUUGGAGAUUUCAGUUCCUACCACAACCUGUUGGAGGGAGGAGGAGAGGAAGGAGAUCUACUGAUAAAAUAAUAAUAUUUAGAAUAAAUAUUACAAUGGAAAUUCGCUGGGGCCGCACAACAGAUACAACAGUGAUGAAUUCGCUCCAGAGUGUGUGUGUGUGUGUGUCAGAUAAUUUACCCACAGUGAUACUAACAUUUUUCGUGUACACAAAAAAUCUGUAACGUAUAAUAUUGAAUUAUUAAAUGAUAGUUCUUCGAG